UAAUCAUUGAGAUGGAAAAAAGGAAUCCUAACAUGACUUUUGUCAGUGGAGCUAUGGAUCGCACAUUCUCCUUGCGAAGGAAAGAAAUAGUUGAACAGGAACCCCAUGUUGUAUUGGUGAAAAACAGAUGGCCAGCUCUCUUCCUGGAGUAUCAGGUGAACUGUGAAUUUCACAGAUUAACGAUGAUUAACCUCAAGAGAACAUUCCUGGAAGCUGUUGACACACACACCCCAAGACUCCUGCAGAUGUUUAGAAACAGAAGAGCACAUUUGGGUGAAGAGAUGCAGACACUCCUUGACUCAUUGGAUAAGCAGACAUCGGACAUUUCCAUGCACAGAAAGACCGUGGCACUCCGAGGGCUUCCAUUGUUCCUGAAAGACUACGGAGCAGAGAAGAUUCUAACAACAUGCUUGAACACUGAUCCAGAAGCAGACUACACAAAAGGUGUGAAGAUGGCCAUCAUGACUGUGAUUGAAGAUGAUGUAGGGGCCUCCGCUUCCCCACCACACAUUGAAGAUUAUGCCAUCAUACUAGAGGAGAUUGUGGAAAUGCACAACAUCUGUGAUUUGCCAAAUGCAUUUGCACUUUUUUUUGGCCUCUUGUACGCUCUCAAUUUUCAGUACCCUAAAGAGUUGAAAUACACAUGUGAGGUGAUUCAGAAAGUUUUCCUUGGACUUGGUGAUGUUUGCUCAGCUAGAGUUCAGUCUUUCAAAAAUAAACUCUUGCAGUAAACAACAUGCUUACACACUGUUUAAUGGCAAUGUUUUGCAAUACCUGUUCGACAGC